CUCAGAGCACAGUCAUGCAAGCGGUCCUUUGAUGAACACAUGGACGCCGCUUCUCCCGUCAGCAGAUCUACACCCAUUUCUUGUAGUUUCUCAAAGUUGCAUCCAAAACUGACAGCACACCCCAGCGAAUGCCAAAGGACAUCCUCAAGGUCGUCCUUUUGGGCGACGGGGGUGUGGGCAAGACUUCGCUGCGUUAUCAAUUCAUACAUAAACGCUUCACAUUAGCAUACAAAGCAACGAUAGGUGCAGACUUUAUUACAAAGGAAGUUGAAACAGAAGAUGGAAGAAAGGUUGCAAUGCAGAUAUGGGAUACCGCAGGACAGGAGCGUUUUCAAAGCCUUGGAAUAGCUUUUUACAGAGGGGCAGAUGCCUGUGUCCUAGUCUACGACGUCACGAAACCAGAAACCAGCACCAACCUCCUCAAAUGGCUCACAGAAUUCAUCCAACAGGCUGAUAUUCGGGACCCAGAAAACUUUCCAUUUGUCCUUGUCGGAAACAAAAUUGAUAAUCAGCGGGAUCGCGCCAUUACCAAACGUCAAGGACAGGAACUUGCAAUCCGACUCAAGAGAAUAUGCAAGGACGCUGCUGUAGAUCGAUGGAGAGAUACGCCACAGGGAGGGCUGACGUAUGAGAGAUAUGGAUUGACGAGACGACGGAGUACGCUGCUCAGUGGAUCGGCAACAAGUGCGGGAGAGAGUGUAAUACCAGGUCCGAGGGGAAGGAUGUUUGGAGUAUCACGUACACCCAGUAGUGACGCUCCGUCCUCACCAAUGUCAGCUUCUCCCACUUCUCCGACAUUACCGCAUCCUGAUGGACCAUCUGCUCCGAAACUCCCCUGGGCCGGUUCAUCGACCCGAUUGAAAGACCCACAUUGGAGGGACUCUAUCACAUCUCGUUACUCUCUCUACGAAACCGCAUCCGAAUUCUCUGAAGAAGACUUUGGAAAGACAUCUGUUUCGUCUGAUGAGGGUGAAUGGGAGUCGAGUCAAGCUGCCUCUGUAGACGAAGGCUCGUCAGAAAGUGAACAGGAAAGCGAUAGCGUUGAGGCACUUUCAAAAUCUGCAAAUACACUUCUUCUCCAACCCGUCUCAGCCUCCAAAGUCUCUUCUCCACCUCUUCAACCCAAACUAUCCACCGACGGUCUCCCUCUUUUUGAAGUGUCAGCCAAAAUUGGAACUCGAAUAGACGAGAUUUUUGCUUAUAUUGCAGAGAAUGUGCGAACACCAAAGUAUGCUUUUGACAUACUAGCUGGAGAUGAAGAGGAUUGGGAUAGUGUAGGGUCUCGUAAAGCUAAAGUGUCGGUUAUGGCGACACCAAGAUCAUCCGUGUCAUCUUGUGCAUGUUAGCCAAAGUAUUUUUUUGUUUUAUAGUUUUUAUUUUGUAUUCAUGGCAGAUUUAAUGUGAGUUUUAAUGAUGCAAGUGAUUGCUAAUGGCAUCACAAAGUGAUGAGUUUUAAUCUUAUUUGUUCAAUACGACGAAAGUAAUCACAUAAAUACAAAAAGGACCAUCAAAAAACUUUCGCA